GAACCAUUGAACCAUAUCCUAAACGAGUUGAGUUGAGUUGAGUUACUCACUCACUCACACAAACUCUCUCUUAUCUCCUUUCUUUCACCUUCCAGCGAGCGAGGAAGUGGCGUUCCGUGGAACUCAGAAAUUCGUUAGGAAAAGCCAUGGAGGUUGUUACGCAGCCUCUGUGCACCACCACCACCGCCGCCAUUGUAACCGCCAAAAGCUUCAGGCGUAAACAACCACUUCUCAUUCCUCAAAACCCCACUUAUCCUUCAAAGCAUUUUCCCUUCCGCACCACACUUUCUUCUCCUUCCCGUUUUCCUCCACCACCUGUUGUGUCUGCCGCGCCGGAGAACCAGUUGAGCGUUGGGGAAGGGGAGGAUACUGAUACAACUGAAUGGGCACUUCAAGCUUUUUAUUCCCUGAGGAAGGAUGUUGAAAUUACGUCUCAGCGUGUUGAAGAAAUAAGAGAAUCUUCUGGUAUACAACUAUUGGAGCAAGAGCUUGCCAAUUUGGAGGAGAAAGCAUCUGCUACCUCCUUUUGGGACAAUCGAGCCAAAGCUCAAGAGACUCUUUCGACAUUGUCUGAUGUCAAAGAUAAGAUUAACUUGCUUGCUGAGUUCAAAACCCAGGUUGAGGAUGCAGAAACAAUAGUUAAGCUGACCGAGGAAAUGGAAUCAUCCAUUGAUAGAGCGCUUCUUGAGGAGGCUACUAGUCUUAUUAAAGAACUGAAUAAAUCACUAGAUCGAUUUGAGCUGACUCAACUUCUUUCUGGACCUUAUGAUAAAGAAGGUGCUGUUAUUUCUAUUACAGCGGGUGCUGGAGGUACUGAUGCACAGGAUUGGGCGGACAUGCUUCUUAGGAUGUACAUGAGAUGGGGUGAGAAACAGAGAUACAAAACCAGAGUGGUUGAGAGAUCCCCCGGAGAAGAAGCUGGAAUUAAAUCUGCCACCAUUGAGGUUGAAGGCCGUUAUGCUUAUGGGUAUUUGUCUGGGGAGAAAGGAACACAUCGCAUUGUUCGGCAAUCUCCUUUUAAUUCCAAAGGUCUCCGUCAGACGAGCUUUUCUGGUGUUGAGGUCAUGCCUCUUCUUCCAGAAGAAUCUCUGGAUGUUGAAAUCCCUGAGGAGGACCUGGAAAUUAGUUUUUCCCGAGCAGGUGGAAAAGGAGGUCAGAAUGUGAACAAGGUUGAAACUGCAGUCCGAAUUACACACAUCCCAACCGGUGUCACUCUUCGCUGCACAGAGGAGAGAUCCCAACUAGCCAAUAAGAUCAAGGCUCUAAGCCGUCUGAAAGCGAAGCUGUUGGUGAUAGCUGAAGAGCAACGUGCGUCUGAAAUUAAGCAGAUUCGGGGGGAUGCAGUGAAGGCUGAAUGGGGACAACAAAUACGGAACUAUGUAUUCCAUCCCUACAAACUAGUAAAAGAUGUAAGAACAGGGCAUGAAACGCCAGAUGUCACCUCUGUUAUGGACGGCGAGUUGGACCCCUUCAUCAAAUCUUACCUCAAACACAAGUUCAGCAUGACAAUGUCUACAAGUGGUGUCAACUAAUAUCUUCUAGAGGCUGUACAGCAAGGCGAGCAUAGGCAUCAGUCACACGAAAGAAAGAAAUAAUCUUUCAGGGUGGGUGAAAAUGGUGGAGAGGAGAUAGAAAAUCAGUUGUGCAAUUCAGAAAAACUGAAAAAACCUUGUUGGUGGAUCUUUUGUCAAACAAUUAGUCUUGCCAUAUAGUAUUUUUCCUAUCUUCUAUAAGUAGCCUGCAGGAGGAGGUGCGGUUUGGUUGUAUCAGGGGGCUUUGUAUCCUCUUACAAUGCUAAGUUAAUUAGACAAUCUCUGUUGACGUCUUUGCUAUUAUUUUCCAUUCACAAUUUGUCCUUUUUACUGUA